UGCAACGGGAAAAUAUAAGAAAUAAAACGAAGCAACGUCAUUAGCGAAAUCACCAGAUUACUUGUGUUUAUUGCUAUAAGAUGUUACACGUGAAGGCCGUGUACUAUAUACUGUCAUAUUAAUAUUAUAUUUGUCAGUAAUUCUUCUGCCAGCUGUUGUUGUUAGCAAGCUAGCUAACUAACGUAAACCGGACAUCUUUUGUGUAGCGUUAGCUCCAUACUGGUUAGCUUGACAAUAGCUAUCUUGUCGAUAAGGAAGUUUAUCAUUACGUUUCUGGACCAAAUCCCAACUUCUUUGACUAGGGGGUAUGUUCACUAUCUCAAUAGCUGUUUUGCCAUUAUGGUAUAACUCGUGAAGUGAGGUUACGUGAACUAAAUGGCUUCAUUAGCCAUUUCUGACUGUAACGUAGCGUAGGCUAACGUUGUGUUGCUGCAAAGAGAGCUAACCUGGUGUGUGCUGUUGUGUAACAUUCGACCAGAGCUAACGUCAGCUAACUGGAUGUUAGCAGCUCUGUGUGAGGAGAAUGAAAUAGAUGUUAGUCGCUGAAAUAUCCAGGGUAAUGUAGGUUUAGGUAUCAUUUGACUAACUACGAGUGGACUCUAGACUUAGCUAACAGGUAGCUAACUGGGCUGUCGCGUGUGUAACGCUAAAGGGACUAUAGCAUCGUCCAUUGUUCAUUCAGUCUUUGCACUGACAUUGUUAUCAUCACGGUAAACCUGCUCUAUUUCCCUGCCUAACGACGUGAAAACAGUCAGACCUAUGCAUACUCUUGACACAACUGACAGACAGCUGGAAAAGUUGAAGCACAGCAGAGACCACAAAGCAGCUGGACGCACCCUGUUGACACUGUGUGUGGAGGAUGUCUUCACCAAUUUACUACAACCAAGACAGUGUUACUCGCUUCAAGAAAAGAAAAGCUCGUUUCUCUUUCAGUGAAGUCCACAUACUGCUGGAUGAAGUGAGGAAGCAUCGUAUGGUUGUUGUGGGCAAAUUUAACCGUGGUGUGCCAACAGACAUGAAGAAGCGCACAUGGGCAGAAAUUACUGCGCGUGUCAAUGAGAUUGGGGAGUGCCAACGUGAAGUCAUCGAGGUUAUCAAGAAAUGGUCCGAUCUGAAGUGUGACACCAAGCGGAAAGUGGCUGCUAUGCGAUCAGGGACAGUGCCCAACAGGGGCCUCAACUCACGUCUUUCCCGAGACCUUAAUCAGACAGAGAAAAUAGUGCUCCAGAUUCUGGAGAUGGAUGAGGAAGACCAGAGCACAGGUGACUUUGGACCACUGGGAGAUGACGAUGAUGUGCCAGAGGAGGAAGAAGAAAUGGAAGAGGAGGAUAUGAUGGGAAUGCAGAGUUCUCCUAAUGGAGGGUUGGACAUGAUGUCUAUGCCCCCACCAACUUCCUACACUGCGAGGGACUCAUCACAAACUGCCUUUGAUGUGCAGUAUGAAGUACCUGCAACAGAAGAUGCUGAAGCUGCGUUUGGAGACUCAGACGAUGACCAAAGGGAUGACGUGCUUCCUUCCACCCCGGCAGCAAAACUAACAGAAGAUCACCAAGGAAACAAUGGCAUCCAGAAACAAGGACAACCUCAGACGUCCUCCGGACCUUCAACGUCAGUGACGUCGGCAACCACGCUUCCAACGCCAGGUCAACUCUCACAGAACACCAGAGACAGCAUGCUACAUAAUGCAUCGCUGAGCCUUCAAGAGCAGCACGCCACCAACAUCCUGUUGGAGACGGUUUCGCGCUCCCUGGAGCUUCUGUCUGAGUCGGUGCAGCAGCUGGCCGAGACUCAGCAGGAGUUUGUGCGCGAGUCGCUGCAGCUCCAGCGGGAGACGGUGCAGGUUCUCAGAGACUUCACAGGUGGAGCCAUCGCACUCAUGCAUGACAAACUUAAUGGACGGCCAGCGUUAUAGCAACAAAGUGUCAGACAGAGAUGUUGUUAAGCUGUAUCACUGACUACAUACAUGGCCUUUAGGUGCAGGAACAUUUAAGUUCCUUUGGACUCCACCGCUGGUUACUGUACUUUUUGAUAGUACUCAACAGAUUUUCUGUGGUUAUAUUUUAAAACUGUAUUCAUAGAAACAUUGUAUUGAUGGAAUCGCUGUCUGUGAGGUUACAUGAAAAUGGAUUGAGAAAACAACCAAUAAUGUUAGCCAUAAAGAAAGAACAUGUGGAGGGUUGUUUCUUGUUUUUUUUUUUGCUCCUGAAAGUGAGACUCCUACCACUUGCGUUGGAACGCAUUUUUUUUUUAUUAAGCAUAAAACCACGUUUGAAGCCUUUACAUUCUUUUAAUGUUAACAUGCAAAAAGUCAGUCAGUCGAGUCCAUUUGUGUGUCCUUGUAUAAGGUGUAUUUGCAUCAGUGUCUGGAGGUUAUCACAUGUACUGUAAUGGUGAGUGGAUUUCCGCACCUGACCAUUAUAUGGUCUAUAUGUCUGAAAGCUAAGUUAGAUACUUUGAAAAUACCUGUAACUGAAUAAUUUGUGAUUGUCUGAUUUUCUGUUUUUUACAUUGCAAACAUGAACACUUGAAUAUGGAAGUUGAAUAAUUUCUUUUAAAUAUGGAAUAAACUCCAUGUAUUUAAACCGAACACAA